AUGAUUGCUUUAAUGAGAAGAAUAAUGCUGAGAACUCAAAUAAUUGUCUCUUAACAUAGUACUACCAAAUUAUUGAAACUAAUUGAAAAACCAUUCAAAAUAUUAAAUUCAGUAAUUAUAUAAUAAAUUUGCAUAGCAAUUAAUUAUGUAAAAAGUAUAGAUUAUUCUUAUCAAUUCAGAACGAUUAUGGUUUGGUGGGGAUGAAAAAGUGAAGAAAAUUGAUAAUGAUCAUUAUGAUGAGGCAAUUGAAUCGAAAGAUGAAGAUGAUGAAGAAAUGGGCAGUGGUGAAGAAGAUGAAGAUUAAUGUAAUAUUUUUACCUACUAUUCUAUUAUAUUAAGCUAGAGCUAAGUCUGGCCGUAAGAAAUCGAAGAAUUAUUCUAAAGCACUUAAUUACCAGGUGACACACUUGGGUUUAUAAGAAUAUUGUGAAUUCUCAUGCAAUUUGUUAGAUAUUCUUAUUCAUUCAAUUAAUAACAAUAGAAAAAUCAUAGAGUCUUUGCAUUUUUUAUUCACAUUGUUUUCGGAAUUCAAAACAAAUUAACAUUUUAGAACAAACAAUGAUGAAACUUAUUGA